UUACUAAAACAGAACAAUUUAUGCGAUGAUAAUUGCAUAAGCGAACACUGAAGCUCCAUCCUACAAAUUGUGUAAUUUGAAUUCGAUCGAAAUCAUUAAAAUGCGCACACUAAAUUUGGUUUUUCUUCUAAUUCAAAUGGUCAUUUUGUCAUCGUGCCAAACACCUAAGCCGAACAUUGUUUUCCUCCUCGCUGACGAUUAUGGGUGGAACGACAUUGGAUUCCACGGCAGUCGCCAAGUCAAGACCCCCUUUUUGGACAAGCUGGCGAACGAGGGAGUCAUUUUGAACAACUAUUACGUCAGUCCACUUUGCACACCGAGUCGGGCGGCACUGAUGACCGGACGGCAUCCAGUGCGCACCGGGUUGCAGUACUACGUCAUAGAAGCAGGGCAACGUCUGGGUGUCCCGCUGAACUACAAACUCAUGCCGGAGUAUCUGAACGAUUUGGGAUAUGAGAGUCAUAUUGUGGGAAAAUGGCAUCUCGGUUUUUUCCACCGAAAUUACACGCCUACAUAUCGAGGGUUCAAAUCAUUCUACGGCUACUACAUGGGACACAAUGACUACUUCGACCAUCAUGAUUACGAGGGUCCCCCUGUUGACCGCAACUGGUGGGGGUUGGACUGGCACUACGACCAAGACAUGACCCUGACAGAUGUGUACUCUGACUUUGGUGUGUACAGUACUCGAGUGUUCGCCAGGAGAGCAGGCGGAAUCAUAGCCCAACAUGACUUCGAAUCCAAGCCUCUCUUUCUCUAUGUCCCCUUUCAGAGUGUCCACACUGCCAAUUACCUGACAGAUCCACUCCAAGUGCCACAGGACACCGAAUUCCAGUUCCCGUACAUUUGGGACAACCGUCGUCGCAAAUACGUGGGAAAUGUCUACGAAAUGGACGUGGCAGUUUCCAAUAUCUACAGAGCUCUAGAGUCUCGAGGAGUGCUGGACAACACAAUCAUUGUGUUCAGCACUGACAACGGGGGAGCUCCGAACGGAUAUGAUUCGAACUAUGGAAGCAACUUCCCCCUACGAGCGGGCAAGGGAUACUUCUUCGAGGGAGGUGCCAGAGGCGUCGGGUUUGUGUGGGGGGAUGUGUUCAAAAAGAGGUCGGGAGAGGUUUCGAUGGACCUGAUGCAUGUUAGUGACUGGAUGCCGACGUUGUACGAGGCUGCGGGUGGUUCAGUUGGCAAACUAGGCGACAUAGACGGUCAUAGUUUGUGGCCAGUGCUGACUGGAGUGAACAGAACGUGUCCUCGGAGUGAAGUGUUGGUUAAUUUGAACCCGGUUCUCAACUCAAAGGCUAUCAAAGUGGGCAAAUACAAGUACCUAUUGAAUCCAUACGAUCGAUGGGACGCUGAUUACGACAACUGGUUCAAAGCAGCAGGGGACGAACCUUUCAGUUUUGAAGAAAUGUUGCCAAACACCACACAGGCCCAGAUAUGGUGUGGAGAAGUGCCGACCGACAUCGACACCAAAUGUCACUCCAAAAUCACAGGACUGGACGAGUGUGUAUUUGACAUCGAAAGUGACCCCUGUGAGUACUACAACCUAGUGGAUGAGCCGCAGUUUAAACAGGUCAAAGAAGAUCUGUUGAAGAGAGUUGAGUAUUGGGAAGGAUUGCAAGUAGAUCCUCUGAUUCCGGGAUACGAUGCAUUGGGGAAUCCAAAGUAUCAAAAUAAUGUGUUUAAGCCCUGGACCACAGAUCCAAGAAUUCCUCCAAAUGGUCUAUGAACACGAAAACUUUUUCUGGAUUGUUUUGAGCUAUUCUGAUUUUUUUAUAAGCUAUAAAAGAGAGCCUAAAACUCAGCCAUACACUUGUGAAACAAUUUAUACUUGCCAAUUAACUCAUCAGAAUGAA